UGUAUCCCCUGCAGCUGCAUGUGGCACAUAUUGUACCCCCCCCCCCCCCCCAUACAGCAAUCUGCAUUCCUAUGACUAGGUGCCUUCAUAGCCCAUCUCUGGUCAUCCCCUGUACUGUGUCCGCAGUCUCUGGUCAUCUCCUGUACUAUGUCUGCAGUCUCUGGUCAUCUCCUGUACUAUGUCCGCAGUCUCUGGUCAUCUCCUGUACUGUGUCCGCAGUCUCUGGUCAUCUCCUGUACCAUGUCCGCAGUCUCUGGUCAUCUCCUGUACUAUGUCCGCAGUCUCUGGUCAUCUCCUGUACUGUGUCUGCAGUCUCUGGUCAUCUCCUGUACUGUGUCCGCAGUCUCUGGUCAUCUCCUGUACUAUGUCUGCAGUCUCUGGUCAUCUCCUGUACUAUGUCCGCAGUCUCUGGUCAUCUCCUGUACUGUGUCCGCAGUCUCUGGUCAUCUCCUGUACCAUGUCCGCAGUCUCUGGUCAUCUCCUGUACUAUGUCCGCAGUCUCUGGUCAUCUCCUGUACUAUGUCCGCAGUCUCUGGUCAUCUCCU